ACCGGAAGUUAAUAAAUCUUACAGCCGGUGCCAACGAAAAUGUUGUCAGAUUGUCUUCUAAUUGUGUUUAUAUCAAUUUGUACUGCUUUACUUGGAGAAGGACUAACAUGGGUAUUGGUAUACAGAACAGAGAAGUACAAAAAACUGAAGGCAGAAGUAGAAAAACAGAGUAAAAAGUUGGAAAAGAAAAAGGAAAGUGGAGAAUCAACAGACAGAAAUCAGAAGAAAAAGAUUGAGAGACAAGAAGAGAAGUUGAAAAAUAACAACAGAGAUCUAUCUUUUGUAAAAAUGAAAUCUAUGUUUGCAAUAGGUUUUGCAUUCACAGCUCUUCUAAGCAUGUUUAACUCUAUAUUUGAUGGCAGAGUUGUAGCCAAGCUGCCAUUUACACCAAUUUCAUUACUUCAGGGUAUUUCCCAUCGGAACCUGGGAGGAGAUGAUUACACACAUUGCUCAUUUAUUUUCCUCUAUAUACUGUGUACAAUGUCUAUAAGACAGAAUAUACAGAAAAUCCUUGGUUUGUCACCAUCUCGUGCAGCUAGCAAGCAAGGAGGAGGACUUUUUUCACCACCAACUCAACUGACGAAGUGAUCUGUAAAGAUUUAUAGAAAUUAUAAAUAUAAUGAUACAAAAUAUGAACUGUAUUUAGCUAGUUUAAACAAAAUAGUACUGUUGAAGAUCCAUCUGGCUUAUUGCCAAUUUAUCAACAUGUAAUUGGCCCUAAUGUUUUUGGGCAGUUUUAAGAGAUGUACAUAAAUCAAUUUUAUUUUGUUUUCAUAUUCAGAUCAUAUUUCAAAUGUAAAUAUACCACAAUGAGAAAUUACCAUCCAGGAUUGUUUUAAAAUUUAUCAUCAGUAAUAUUCACACGAGACCUUUGCAGCAAGUCAUUUAUAUUGAAUCCAUUGACAGGAAAUAAAAAUUGUUUUAAAAAAAACAAUGAAAAUAAAUUUUAAUGUGUA